GUGGCGAUGACGUCAGUAUCCGGAAAUGACCCGGAUUCAAACUUUCAUUCCGGCUUGGUAAAAACAUAGAACGAUCUGUGAAUUAUUGUGGAAUUUUGCUAAUAAUACAUUGAGAAUGCCCGUGUGCAUCAUUGGACACGGAUUGACGCCUCGCAGUUAGGAGUUGACAUCAGGAGGUGUAGUGACUGUUUCCACGGAGCACGGACCGGUCUAUAGUACACUACCGAUAUCUUUCAGAAGUCAGACCCUUCCUCCUUGGCGUGCCCAGUGCAGGCUGGUGAUAUACAGGCGGCAGGAUGACGUGCAGGGAUCGAACCAACGAGUUCCAGUCCGCCUGCAAAUCCCUACAGAGCAGACAGAAUGGUGUUCAGCACACCAAGCCAGCCCUCAGUGCUCUCAAGCAACGCAGUGACUUCACCCUCAUGGCCAAGAGAAUAGGGAAGGACUUGAGUAAUACAUUUGCUAAACUAGAGAAACUCACUAUAUUGGCUAAAAGAAGAUCUCUAUUUGAUGACAAGGCAGUGGAGAUUGAAGAGUUAACCUACAUCAUCAAGCAGGACAUUAACAGCCUGAACAAGCAGAUUGCCCAGCUGCAGGAUCUGAUCCGUUCACGUGGAGCUCCCAGCGGCAGACACAUCCAGACCCAUUCCAACACCAUCGUCAUCUCCCUGCAGUCCAAACUGGCGUCUAUGUCCAAUGACUUCAAGUCGGUUCUAGAAGUAAGAACGGAGAACCUGAAGCAGCAGAAGAACAGGAGAGAACAGUUCUCUCAGCGUCACGUCUCUUCUCCUCUCCACGCCAACAACUUCAAGAGUUCAGUGUUGAUGCAGGAUGAGUCAAGGAGUAUGGGGGCUGAGGUCGCCAUCAACAUGGACAACCAGUCUAACCCUCUACAGCUCCAGCUCAUUGAUGAGCAGGACUCGUACAUCCAGAGCCGUGCAGACACCAUGCAGAACAUUGAGAGCACCAUCGUAGAGCUGGGCUCUAUCUUUCAGCAGCUGGCUCACAUGGUGAAGGAGCAGGAGGAGACAGUACAGAGGAUUGAUGCUAACGUGGAGGACACUCAGCUCAACGUGGACAUGGCUCACACGGAGAUCCUCAAGUACUUCCAGUCUGUGUCCUCCAACCGCUGGCUCAUGGUCAAGAUCUUCCUCGUCCUCAUCGUGUUCUUCAUCGUCUUUGUGGUCUUCCUCGCCUGAGCAGGGAGAAAUGAUAGAUAAAGAAGUGGAGGUUGAAGAAGAGGGAGAUGGAAAAGUUCAUUGUCUUUUGACAGGUUGCGUCACUCCUAUGAAACGCUAGUCGCUUGACCAAUAGUUCAGACGGAGUCAUGCUAUCUGACAUAAGACAAUGGGAAAGGUUGGGCUGAGACGAGGGGUUGCCACAGCAACAGGACAAUGGGACAGGUGGAGUGUUAUUGAACGGUCUAGGACUUGAGGUCCAGCAGCCCAAGAAAUGAUAGUCUGCUGCCUAAAGCCUUGGAGAGAGUUUCUGGAGUGACCCUAGCAGAUCUAUUCUGUUCCUACAGACAUUGAUGAAAUACCCCUAAUGAAAAGGAUAUGCUAUCGGAACACGCUUUGUAUAGUAUAAACAGAAUACUUGUCAUUCUGUUCUUUGUUACUUUAGAGAACAAUUCAUCUUACACAUUUAAAUCAAAAAUGACUUAUUUAAUGGUUUGAUUCUGCAAACCUAGUUUUGUUUCUUGGUAGAUUUUCUUUUACCCCUCAUGUAGCUUAUUGUUGAUUGGUUGUAAGACGGGGUGUCAUCAACUUUCUCUCUGACAUGAGGGCCAACACAACAGACUGGAGUUUUCUUGAAUUGUAAUCAUUUCUUUCGAUUUUUGUUCCUCAUUAUUCUAGUUUUAUUAAAGAGAGACUUGAACAAUU